UCGCAAAGAGUCGGACACGACUGAGCGACUGAACUGAACUGAAGACUAGCGCUGUUCAUGCAUUUACAAGAAACUGUGCUCUCAGUCGUUUCAGCCGUGUCCCACUCUUUGCGACCCCAUGGACUGUAGCCCACCAGGCUCCUCUAUGGGAUUCUCCAGGCAAGAAUACUGGAGUGGGUUGCCAUUUCCUACUCCAAAACUGUGUGCUAUUAUAAAAGAAAAAUGAACCGGUAAAGAUGCAUUGGAGGGAAGGUAGGGCAGAUACUUGCGGAUGCGAUGCGGGAAACCCGAACUUGAGAUGCACUGAGGUGUUCUCUCUCCCUCACCUCUCUCCCUCCCCUCUUGUGACUAAUGAGCUGAGUCCUUUCUCCAACUUUACGUGAUUUCCCCGUGAACUAGUGGCAGUAUUUUCCUACAUAAAUUUGUCACGAGACUCAACAGCGUUCAUGUUCAUAUCCUCGUAACAGAUUGUGUUUAAAGUCUUAACAGGUUUCUCACCUUUUAGGGUUCAGAUUUACUAUCCACUCGGGGUGUGUGACCUGUACUUUUGCAAUCUUCCAAAUAGUUCUUUGGCGGAGACCCUGUCUUACUUUAUUCUUGUACUCUUGGAUGCUGGAGAAUCAGAGAUCAGUUGCCUAACACCGGGUGACGGGGUAGGGGCUGGGGUAUGGCAGCGCAUCUUUGCGCAUGCGCCAGCCCGGACCCUUGCUUACCCAGUCACCCGCUCCCCCUCCCCCAUUGGAGUAGAUUGGCGAGGAUUUGGCUUUUGAAGGCCUUCAAAACACAAUUUACAUUUGUAUAGUGAAGACGGAGUUCCUAGCAACCACUUUGCAAGUGAACCUUGGGAGUUCAGUCUUUCUGCAAUGGAGACAGUUUUUAAAACAAAAAACACCCCCCCCCCCCCCCCGUCUUUUAAUGACAGUAUGCUGCAGUAUGUGACAGCCAGUGUUUUAAAGUACGGGCCCUUUAGUCUCCCCAUAGUUUUGUCGUUAGAUUUUGCAAGCGUUUCUUUGAAAGCUAGAUGACACUGUCAGUAAACGCCAAAAUAACGGCUGUCGCUUGAAUCAACCGGUGUUACUCUAGUGUGAUGCCAGGACCGGUUCUUGCCGGCUUUCUACGCGGGCGGCGGGUGCUUAUUGGUUAACUGAGAGGGGCGGGGCCGCUAGGCCGCCGCUAGAGCGCAUGGGUAGCGUCUUCCUCCGCCCUGGGUGACCCCUGCAGUUUCCGUUAUUGUCGGAAACGUCGCGAAGACCGUUACCUGAGGGCUGCCCGCCGCCGACAUGGCCGAUGAAAAUUAUUCCCUGAGGGAAGCCGACGAGACUAGAGCGCCGGCGGUGGUGACCAUCCCCAGUAGUGCGUACUUUCUGAAGCAGGUGGAGGAGGAGGAGGAGGUGGAAGCUUUGAAGGUGGAAGUGGCAGCGGCGUCUGACUCGGAACCUGAUACCUCCUCUGACGACCUGAGCUGCGGGAAGGCCGACAUCGACCCCAGCCUGCUGGAGCGGGUGGAUGAAGAGAAAUGCCGGAGUAUCCGCAAGCAGUAUCGGCAGCUCAUCUAUACCGUCCAGCAGAACCGUGACGACCUAGUGAACACGGCGAGCGACUCCUUAACCGAGGCUCUCGAGGAAGCCAAUGUCCUGUUUGAUGCAGUGAGUCGAACAAGAGAAGCGGCUCUCGACUCUCAGUUUCUUGUUUUGGCUUCUGAUUUGGGUAAAGAAAAAGCAAAGCACCUGAACUCUGACAUGAACUUUUUUAAUCAGGUGGCGUUUUGUGACUUUCUGUUUAUAUUUGUGGGUCUAAAUUGGAUGGAAGAUGACGGACGUGAUCCGUUGAAUAACUGUGACGAUAACAUAGCUCUUUCCUUCUGGGAGACAGUACAGAAGGAAGCGACAUCGUGUAUAUCACAAGCUGAAACGUUCCACUUUCUUUUUGGUUCGUUCAAACCAGAGUCUGCCACGCGAAAGCCGCGACGUAAUCAUCGGAGAAAAGUUCAGAAAAUGGAAGAGAAUGGGGUUAUGCCUACAAAGCUGAGGAAGCUGGAUCUGAGUGGUAAUCAAGAAGCCACAGAAAAAGAAGUAGAAAGAAUUUUGGGAUUGUUGCAAACGUACUUUCGAAAGUAUCCUGAUACUCCUGUGUCUUAUUUUGAGUUUGUGAUUGAUCCAAACUCUUUCUCUCGUACUGUGGAGAAUAUAUUUUAUGUUUCUUUCAUUAUAAGGGAUGGUUUUGCAAGAAUAAGGCUUGACCAAGACAGGCUGCCAAUAUUAGAGCCAAUUAAUAUUAACCUAGCCGGUGAGGGAAAUGAUCCCAGUUUCCACAGCAGGAAACAGGGAGUUAUAUCUUUGAGUUUACAAGACUGGAAAAAUAUUGUGGCAGCUUUCGAAAUUUCGGAGGCUAUGAUCACAAACUCGUACUAAAGAUUUUUGUUCUUAGCAUAGGAUGCAGUUUUGUUUAUUUUCUAAAGCAUAACAUAGUGAAGAGUAAAAUCCAAACAGAAGCACAUACUGUAUUUCUUGUGAAACAUAUUUUCAAGAAAAUAAGUUGAUUUACUGUGCGUUGUAUUUUUCUUGGUAGUUCUAUAAAGUCAUUAUAUUCUGUUGCUUAAGAAAUUCACUGGCGUGUUCAUGCAAAAAAUUUUUUGACUGCUCCUUAAGGCUUUAUUAAUAACUGAAUUCCAUAAAAUAAAAGGUGUUUAAUAGUUUAAAAAAAA